CGCACCGACAAGAUGGCGGCGGGUGGGAGCGGCGGGCGCGCGUCGUGCCCGCCGGGGGUCGGUCCGGGCGCUGGGGGCCCUGGGCCCAGCGCCAACGCCGCCCCCGCCCCCGGCAACGCGGCCGCCGCCGCCUCGGCCCCCGCCGCCCCCGGGCCGCCGCCGCCCGCGCCGCCGGGCGGGCCGGGCUCGGGCGCGCAGGCCGCGGCGGGCGCGGAGCGGGCGGCCGAGGAGCCGGCGGCGCGCGAGCCCGCGUACAACUGGCAGGCCACCAAGCCCACGGUGCAGGAGCGCUUCGCCUUCCUCUUCAACAACGAGGUGCUCUGCGACGUGCACUUCCUCGUGGGCAAGGGGCCCGGCGCGCAGCGCAUCCCGGCGCACAGGUUCGUGCUGGCUGUGGGCAGCGCCGUCUUCGACGCCAUGUUCAACGGAGGAAUGGCCACCACGUCCACCGAGAUCGAGCUGCCCGACGUGGAGCCGGCCGCCUUCCUGGCGCUGCUCAAGUUCCUCUACUCGGAUGAGGUUCAGAUCGGGCCCGAGACGGUCAUGACCACGCUGUACACGGCCAAGAAGUACGCGGUGCCGGCGCUCGAGGCCCACUGCGUGGAGUUCCUGAAGAAGAACCUGCGCGCCGACAACGCCUUCAUGCUGCUCACACAGGCGCGCCUGUUCGACGAGCCACAGCUCGCCAGCCUGUGCCUGGAGAACAUCGACAAGAACACGGCCGACGCCAUCACCGCCGAGGGCUUCACGGACAUCGACCUGGACACGCUGGUGGCUGUCCUGGAGCGGGACACCCUGGGCAUCCGGGAGGCACGCCUGUUCAACGCCGUCGUGCGCUGGUCGGAGGCCGAGUGUCAGCGCCAGCAGCUGCAGGUGACACCUGAGAACAAGCGGAAGGUUCUGGGCAAGGCACUGGCCCUCAUCCGCUUCCCACUGAUGACCAUCGAGGAGUUCGCUGCAGGACCCGCGCAGUCGGGCAUCCUGGUGGACCGCGAGGUGGUCAGCCUCUUCCUGCACUUCACCGUCAACCCCAAGCCGCGCGUGGACUUCAUCGACCGGCCGCGCUGCUGCCUCCGCGGGAAGGAGUGCAGCAUCAACCGCUUCCAGCAGGUGGAGAGCCGCUGGGGCUACAGCGGCACCAGCGACCGCAUCAGGUUCUCGGUCAGCAAGCGCAUCUUCGUGGUCGGCUUUGGGCUCUACGGCUCCAUCCACGGGCCCACGGACUACCAAGUGAACAUCCAGAUCAUCCACACGGACAGCAACACCGUCCUGGGCCAGAACGACACGGGCUUCAGCUGCGACGGCUCGGCCAGCACCUUCCGCGUCAUGUUCAAGGAGCCGGUGGAGGUGCUGCCCAACGUCAACUACACGGCGUGCGCCACGCUCAAGGGCCCGGACUCCCACUACGGCACCAAGGGCCUGCGCAAGGUGACCCACGAGUCGCCCACGACGGGGGCCAAGACGUGCUUCACCUUCUGCUACGCGGCCGGGAACAACAACGGGACGUCCGUGGAGGACGGCCAGAUCCCCGAGCUCAUCUUCUACACCUAGGCCGCCCGCGCCGCCCCGUGCAGGGAGCCAGGCUGCCAGGACAGGCGCCGGGGGCGGGCGACACUCCCCCAGGACUCAGCGGGCAGACUGGCCCGCGCCCGCCCCAAGCCGAGGCUCCGCCAGGUCCCUGGGUGGGGCGUCCCCCGUCCCUGCGGCCGCCGGAGCCAGGACUCGUGUGGGACGUCGCCUCCUGUCUGUCCUGUUAGCUGCACACGGCAGUGCAUCCUGGAUCCCCGUUUCUGCGGGAGGAGACGGUGUGUGGGGGGCGCUCCUCCCGCGUCUCGGGGGGCUCUUGGGUCCCUUUUGUUCUGGUCCGUUCACUGCGGACGCUCAGGCCACCGUGACCCCGGGCCCCGGGCCCCCGGCCUGAGCCCUGGAGAGUGAGACUGGUGGGGGGGCUCAGCCCCUCGAGGCCCUGCAGGGCCCCCCAGGGCCCAGCCUCGGGACGCCCCCGCCGGCCCCUGCAGCGGGGCGCACAGGCCCCACCCUGUCUGCCGGGCGGACGCCACGCCCCGACGGCCACCGCACCCAUGGUCCUGGCGCCGCUGCCCCACCAGGGAGCGCUGUGCCCGGACACCUGGAGGGCGCAGCCCCUGCCGCCCCCCCGCCCCCCAUGUCUCCGCCCCAGGGAUUCCUUCUGGAACCUGUGUCCCCGAAGCCGUGAAAGGUGUGCCCUCCUCACGCCGCGCCCCCAAAUGAUUUUUUUUAAUAAAGGAAAGAAACACA